AUGAGCUACAUUGGAUUUGGUUUUGGAAUAGGAGAAUUCAUAAUCUCAAAAGAAUAUCAAGGAAUUAAACAAUAUAUUCCAAAAGAAAUCAAUUCUUUAAGAACAGAGACGGAUAAACAACAAUUUAGGAAUAGAUGCUUAAAUUUGGCUGAAUAUUUCAUUUUGAAAAAGGAUAAACCUCCACAAUAUGUUUCUAAGCCAGAAAAUUGGAAACCGAUACUUAAUAAUCAUUUUAAAGGUUUUUUUAAAAAGCUUAAACAACACGGCGGAUGUCCUAUAAUUUUUGAGCAGAAAGAUAAAGAACUUUUACAAUUAACAUAUGAUGCAGAUAACUUCUGUGAAGAAAGAAAAAAAAGAAAGGAAGAAUUAGAUAGCCUUAAAACAGCAGAUAAUAUUUCAGAUAAUUAUGAAUCUAAAUGUAGCAAAUAUAAUGAAUGGAUUGAUGAAAGAAAGAGUCAUUUUGAUAAAAAUAAAGAUCUUGUUAAAGACAGUACUAAUAUAAAAAAAUUAGAAAUAAAAUUUCCAAAAGAUAGAAAAUGCGAUAUACGUAAAGCACACACAUUUGAAAAAAUUAAUAAUUGCUCAACGUCGAACAAAAAAUUACAAGAAAAAACUGUUACAAAAAGCAAUGCUGAAGGACCACAAGAUAAAGAAAAAGGAAGAGUAAGUCAUGAUUUUCCUAUAACUCAAGAUAAAGCUUCUAUGCAAACGGAUUUUCCUCUACAAACAGAUUCUUCGCCACACACAGUUCCCUCUCCAAAAUCAGAAAGUGUAUCUUCAGUUAAUUAUCCACCUAAAACAGAACCUGAAGUUGCAAAUGCAGAAAAUCCAAGUAAACAAGCUGAGGACUCAGAAUCCCAUGAUUCAAAAACUGCUUUAGUUUCUAAACUUACAGAAAAAUUAAUACCUCCUGCUCCAUCAAAUCACUCAACUCCAGUCUCAGAAGUAUCCUUUGACCCUGAAACUACAACACCAUACCCUCAGGCAUCAUCUGCUCCUUCACAUUCUCUUGUUUCUCCUUCAAUAAGUAAUAUUCCAAGUCCACCACAAAAUCCACCAAUCCAAAAUAUAGCAUCUAUCGUAAUAAGCUGUCUAAUAAUUAUUCUAUUUUCCCUUUUCUUUAAAUAUGCUAUAAUGGGGUUAUUAAAAAAAAAAAAAAGAAUAAGAACAAGACAAGUAAAGUUCCUAAGAUUACUAAUACCUCCACAUUCUGAUGGAAAAAGUGAGUUUCAUACCGAUGAUCAUUUAGAUAAACCAAUAUGCGAUGACGAAGAAAUUAUAAAAAAAAUAAAUAUAAAUGAACAUAACUUCGAAAAAAAUGUAAAUAUAUCACACCUAAAAAAAGACAAGUCUAUAACUAUCAUAGAGGUACAUAUGGAAGUACUAAAAGAAUGUAGAAAUGAAGAAUGGGAAUUAAACAAAGGAGAAUUUUUAGAAAUAUGCCUAGAAGUUUUCACAAAAGAAACAUAUUGGACCUAUUCUAAUUUAACAAAUGAUAAACUAAUAAUGGAAAAUAUUAAAAGUAGCAAUAAUAUGGACGAACAAAAAAUUCUAUGGAACAAAUGGGCAGAAAAACAUAGAAGUCUUUCUGAAAAACUAAAAAAAGAAGACUGGUUUAAUAAUUUGAAAAAUGAAUGGAAAAGUGAACAAGCUUACUUAAAAAAAAGUGAAGAAUUAAAAAAGAACUCCUCAAAUGAAAUUAAAAAUGUUCAAUUUGUUGAAAGAGAAAAAGAUAUAUGGAGACAGUGGAUAUCAAAAAAGGGCAUAAUUAUAAAAGAAUAUAUUGAACAGAAUUGGUUUAAGGAAUUGUCUGAUGAACUCAAUAAUUUAUCAGAUGUAUUUGAAAAUGAACAAAAUACAAAUGAUGUAUCAUUAAUAUAUAAAGAGGAACUGGAAAAUAAAGAAAGUUAUGAAGAAUUAUAUAAAUGUAUAAAAGAACAAUUUCUAGAAAAACUGUGUACACUGAUUCUUAUGAUGGUAAUAGAAGAAUGUAAAAAAGAGGAGUAUAUAGAAAUUAGGGAAUCACAUUUGGAUGGUUCCAUAAAUCAAUGGAAGAAAGAAGGAAAUUUAAAUAAAAAAUUAGAAAUUACAGAAAACACAUUUCAUAUUAACGGCGAUGCUUCAGAAAAUAGAAAAAAUAAAGAAAUUCACGGAUGUGCAGAGGAACACCGUUUUAGAAAUGAUAUAGAAAAUUGGAUAAGAGAAGAUAGCAAAUAUGUGAGCCCUAUAGAUAAUGAUGAGAUAACAAACGGAUAUGUUGGAAUUGCAGAAAAAAGUACUCCAUAA